UUAGAAAAACGGAAAACAGACGGCAAUGGGGUUUGGAUGGUUGUACCACAUCCGUUCAUGAGGUAUGACUGGGUUAAGACGACACAUGAAGAAACUGCGGCUCAUUUCGCCGUACGGAUCACAGAGUCGGCUAUCGACAAAAAUGAGUGGUACUGGUCCAAUAUCCGCGAUGAUGUGAAGUACAUCUUCGCCAACUGUCAAGUCUGUGCCGCUGAUAAGGCGCCAAUUCAGCCGCGAAGAUCGAUAGUGCCAACGGUAGUUGAACGACCAUUUCAAAGAGUCAGCAUGGACACUACUGACAUAGUGGUGCUCCCUGGUCCUAAUAGUUGGGAUAUCACAACAAUCCCGCCGGCGAUUCACUCCGACAUAUAUCGGACGUUGCGCGUCUGGGCCGGCGAAGUGCCAGCAGCGUGGACAGAUCUCCUUGCUCGACGAGGAGAUACCAUCGUGCCGGCGCAUGACACGGACUUCCAGCUCCGCUCGUCUCGAAGGUCGCCAUCGAUCGUGCUUUCGGAGCUUCGCGCCGCCCCAACGAGUCAUCGUCUCGUCUCCUAUUUGGGCCUCCCCUCCAGCAUCCCCACCCUUUGGCAGUCUGCACGGGAUCCUACUCUCUCCUACCGUGUUAAGGAGAACAGUGCGCCGCUAUUGAGCGAGGAGAAGUGGAACACGCGGUGGGAGGACUAUAUCGAGCUCGCUUUCUAUCUACUAAAGAUAGAGUUCCACUGGUCAGAAACGGUCCCGUUCGGACAAGGACUAGAGCACCCAGAGGACAGCGUGGAGCUUUUGAUCAUCCAAGCCUCGAGAACGGCGGAGCAGGGCGAUCUACUGGGAUUCAUAUUCGAGAAGGUGGAGGAGGGCAAUCUCACCUUGAUCACAGACAAGUUGUUGGUGUUUCUGACUCAGCUGGUGGAUGAUCUGCCCCUAGACAUCUUGUCACGCAGUGACGAGCAGCCCGACACCCACGUGCUGUCUCGAACGCUCGAGCCGCACCUUGUGUGAUCCACGUGUACGGAGAUUGACGACGACAACUGUCUCUAUCCAUCCCAGGCGCUUUACUUGGAGAUCGACGUUACCGAUCUCACGUUUUG